UAGCGAGCGCCCGUGAGUUUCGUUCUCCGCCAGCGGGCCAGCGCGAUGUGAAGCCAGUGGAGCGAUCGGCAGCGUCAGCUGAUUCGUCGGUUGCGAUCGUUCCUUGUCCCCCCCGCGAGAUUACCCGCACCGAUUACCUGUUGCGUCGCAUCGAUCAAUUUCCUCUCUCGACCAUGACUUUGAAGUUUUACUACGAUCUGCUCUCGCAACCCUCGAGAGCAAUAUACAUAUUUCUCAAAACGUGUAACAUACCGUUCGAAAAGAAGAUCGUAAAUCUCAAGAAUCUCGAGCAUUACACUCCAGAGUUCGAACAGAUCAAUCCGUUCAAGAAAGUCCCUGCUAUAGAGCACGACGGCUUCAAUCUUGCUGAAAGUGUAGGGAUUGUGCGAUACCUGAGCCGAGAAUGUAAGGUGGACGACCACUGGUAUCCGUCCGAGUCGAAGAAACAGGCAAAAGUUGACGAGUACCUCGAGUGGCAGCAUCUCAACACGAGACUUCAUUGCUCGGCAUAUUUUCUAGCGAAGUUUCUCAACCCGCUCAUACGGGGUACGCCGCCGAAGCCGGAAAAGGUGGCCGAACUGGAGAGUCGUAUGGCCGAUUGCAUCGACCUUAUUGAGAACGUAUGGCUGAAGGAUAAGCCGUUCUUGACGGGAAACACGAUCAGCGCGGCUGAUAUAUUCUGCGCUUGCGAAUUGGAACAACCGCGGAUGGCCGGUUACGAGCCGAGAAAGGGCAGACCGCGUCUGACCGCAUGGAUGGACAAAGUUGCCGCGGAGACGAGUCCUCACUAUCAAGAGGCUCAUAAAUUCUUAAAUCAAAUAGCUGCUCAACCGUCACCAAAGCUUUAAUUUUUAAAUGUAAUUGUGUGCAAAUACCACUCUAUCUGUAACAUCGAUAAAUAUGUAUAUAUCAUAUAUAGAUAUGUAAUCUAUUCUAAACCAUAGGUGAUGAUAUCUUUGAUGGUUUUUACUUUGAUAUUUUUGGUAUUCUUCGAAUAAACAUUCGUAUACAUUGUUUGUACUUGUUAUGAAAC